AUGUCAAACCCCCGCAAAAGACGCCGGAUCGUCACAAGCACUUCGAAUAAAAUCUAUCGCGACACAAUUCCGUUACCAGACAGUUUUGGCACUGUACGUUCAAGCGAAAUCACCGAAGAUGGGAGAGUCGAUUACUCUACGGUUAUCACUGCAAGAGCAUGGGAACAAGCCGGAUCUUGGGAACCUCAAGAUGAUACGACAUUUGCAUUGCAACCUAAUAGCAGUGAAUUUGACCAAGUUGUAGAGGCCGACUUCAUGGAGCCUGAUCAAGGCUUGGAGGUUGAAAACUCAAUUGAUGAGGAUCAGGCGGGUAUAUCAAGCAACUUAGAGCACCCUCCACCUCUAGAUAACACGCACAUCCCUCUUCAAAAAGCAAAAAGAAGUUUGGUGUCGAGGAAAUUAUUCGAUGGUCCGGUAGAGGCGACUUUCAGCAUCUCAAAGCGUGUUCGGAUUGCAUUGCUCGUGGGCUCGAAACACCUGGCGCCGCAGAAUAUCGAUGUAGAGAGUGCUUCUCUCCGGAUCUUACGUAUCAAACCUGCUGUGUAA